CAAAGCAUUUUAUUAUAAACAAUUCACUGGGUGUUUUUUUUUAAGUGCUAUUUACAAUAAGUAAUUCAAUAUAACACUUUGCUGUAAAAUUUAUUCCUUAUAAUCUAAUUUACUACUGAUAAAUAUACUUUGAUAAAAAAAAAUUUCAAUGAUUGAAAUUCUAAAAGUUUUUCAAGCGUUAAUUGACGUCACAAUGCGUAUAUCAUAUACUGUAAAAUAAAGUAUGUCUCUAAACAAAUCAUAUAUACUGCAUUCAAUCAAUUUUUUUUUAAAUUUGUAACCACACAGGGCGGGAAUAUUUGCUGAAUAUAUGAUGAUAUUUUCCUCACUCAGUUCGAUGAAAUUCUGUUGUCAGGUUAUACAAUGUAUAUGAUGAUAUUUUCCUCACUCAGUUCGAUGAAAUUCUGUUGUCAGGUUAUACAAUGUAUAUGGAACACACACACACAUCCCUCCUUUUUUUUAAGAGGAGGAGGAAAAUUCCGUCUUCGCACAAUAGGCACCCUUUUGUGAAAACAAUCUAUAGAUUUAUAUAAAUCUUUAAUCUACACCAUCUUUACAUUAUCUUUGAAUGAACACCGAAUCUCCCCUCUUGACAGCGGAAUUUUUAAGUGUAAUCGAUCAUUAUGAUCGAUUGCUACGCCAUUACCCAUCGGAGCAAUAUUACUUUGUUUACGCGUUGUAGCCAUCUCGUUACAUUUUGUUGCUGGAGAAAUUGGAAUCGGUUGUCAUGGUAAUACAUUUUCGCGCAUGAUCAGCGAGCUGACGUUCAUCGCCGUCUGCAGUACAAGUAUUCGGCACUGUUGAUUUUCUUCUUAUUUUUUUUUUAGUUUCUUGGAUAUUACAUCAUCGGAUGUGUAUAUAAUGGAAUUCCAGUUUUUCUUUUGAGAAUGAUUAUUGCUAUGCCGUAUGUUUUCACUGAAAAUAACGUGACCCAUUGACCAGUGAUGUAGAAGAUGAGACUGCCUGAACCUGCACACUGUGUAUUGGCUAUAUUUACAGGACUGGCUCUCUGUCCCUACAAUGCAAAUGCCAUCGGCUGCUUCGUUUGCACUUCGCUCAACAGAGGAAACAAAGGUUGCGAGGACACUUUCAAUAACACCGGGAAAUACUACAGGUCCGACUGCCAGGCGAACCGAGACGGACGGAUAGGAACAUUUCCCGCCACUCAGUGUAUCAAAAUGGUGGCAGAAGACGCUGAUGCUGGCUUUUCUUUGAUUGUAAGGGACUGUGUUGUAGACAAUGGGGGCACGACCUCCGAGACAGAAAUAGGACGACAGAGUCAUUGUGGAUGGAUGAAGGUUAUCAAGUAUAACGGGAGGCGCAUGAGUGGAUGUAUUCUAAGCUGUGAUCGUGAUGGCUGCAAUGCGGCUAAUCAGAGAAUAAACAUGUCCAUCGUCGUUGUUAUGCUUGUUUUCAUAAUUAUCAAAACGUUUUAAGUCUUAAAACGUUUGUAAAUGUAUAUGUAAAAAUCAGGGAAAUUACAUUGAUUUCAUUUAAUGUGCUAUUAAAUAUAGGCCUUAUACAAAAUGCACAUUUUGUUGAGUGACAUUUGAAUUUCUAUCAAUAUUGAAAAUAGCAGAAAAACAUAAUAAUCAUGUGCUUCGAGCUUUAAUGUCAUGGGUAAUUGUAAUAAAGUAGAAUUUAGUUUAGUUAAUGUUAUAUCCAGCAAAUUACUGUCAUUGUUUAACUGCUAAUAAUCCAUAAAUUCAUACAACUACACGCACAUAUGUUGUUUAGAGUCAUUUUCAGUGUAUUUACUGUUGAUGUACAGUUCAAAUGUUUAUAUGAUAUGACAUGUGUACAAUCCUAUCAGUCUUCUAAAGACAGUUAUAUAUAAAAACCUAUUUUCUUUAUAUUGUUUGGGGAUCUUCAAGCAGUACUGUGCCAAAUGUUGGUUGUUUUUUUCAAUAAUCAAUUAACAAAAAUGUUCUUUCAUUGCCUAAUUAAAAAUUGUAACAAGGAUUUAAGUUAACUUCUACUAGAAAUUCUAAUUCUUAAUUGAUCAUCUGAAAUCCAUACUGUAUUUAUAUAAGAUUUUAAAAAAAUAUUUCUAAAACACUUUUCAAAUUGCAAUAAAAUUGUUAUGCAACAUAUUUUAACAAAUUUCAAUUUAGAAAUUACAUUUAACUGCUGUAAAUUUUGAUACAUGUACAUUAAACUGUACAAAGCAGGUUAUGUACCAUUCCAAUAGGUGUCGAGGAUUCUGUUGUAUAGAGCUAUAUAUUUUUUUCUUUUGGAAAUGUGCGAUUAUAGCACCAUGCAUAUAUAAUAUUGAAAAGAAAAUUCAAUAUGUAUUUAUAUAUAAACCAUUAAUAAAAUAUUGCAUACUGGUAAAAUUUUAAUAGCUUUUCAAAUGCAAAAGAUUGAAGUACUGUGAUAUUGAAAAGACACCAGUGUAUAUGUGGAUUUACAGAGUUACUCCAUAUCAUAAAACAUCCCCUCUCAAGAUUUACAGAGUUACUCCAUAUCAUAAAACAUCCCCUCUCAAGAUUUACAGAGUUACUCCAUAUCAUAAAACAUCUCCUCUCAAGAUUUACAGAGUUACUCCAUAUCAUAAAACAUCCCCUCUCAAGAUUUACAGAGUUACUCCAUAUCAUAAAGCAUCCCCUCUCAAGAUUUACAGAGUUACUCCAUAUCAUAAAACAUCCCCUCUCAAGAUUUACAGAGUUACUCCAUAUCAUAAAGCAUCCCCUCUCAAGAUUUACAGAGUUACUCCAUAUCAUAAAAACAUCCUCUCUCAAGAUUUACAGAGUUACUCCAUAUCAUAAAACAUCCCCUCUCAAGAUUUACAGAGUUACUCCAUAUCAUAAAACAUCCCCUCUCAAGAUUUACAGAGUUACUCCAUAUCAUAAAGCAUCCCCUCUCAAGAUUUACAGAGUUACUCCAUAUCUUAAAAACUUCCCCUUAAGAUUUACUCCACAUCAUAAAGCAUCCCCUCUCAAGAUUUACAGAGUUACUCCAUAUCAUAAAGCAUCCCCUCUCAAGAUUUACAGAGUUACUCCAUAUCAUAAAGCAUCCCCUCUCAAGAUUUACAGAGUUACUCCAUAUCUUAAAAACUUCCCCUUAAGAUUUACUCCACAUCAUAAAGCAUCCCCUCUCAAGAUUUACAGAGUUACUCCAUAUCAUAAAGCAUCCCCUCUCAAGAUUUACAGAGUUACUCGAUCAAUAUCAUAAAAACAUCCCUCUUCAGCAUUUCUCACCCUGUCUAAUUUUUCAGAAAUGUCUUGUGUGAGGUAACGUUGAAUGUUGCAUGCAUUUGAUAAUCAACUGCAGCUUUAAGUUGUUUGUGUUAAAAAUUUGUAAUGUAUAUUUGUUCAUAAUGAUAAUGUGCAAUAUACUAGGUACACACAUAGUUUAUUUCUACAAGCUGUAGAUUUCUACCCAAGUUGUAUUGCUGCCAUUUCAUAUGAAGACCUCUUUGUAAGAAAACUAAAAUAUUAAAAAAGGCUAGGAACUCG